AUGGCAAGUGAGCCUCACGAGUGGCCUCAAGGUUAUGGAUAUCAACAACCACAGCAACCUGUCAUUCAACAACAACCAGGUAAAUCGAAACAACCUCACAGCUUUUCCAGGAAAUGGUGUACUUUCAAACGUUCGAUGAAAUAACGCUUUCUGUGAAAUACUAAUGUUGCUCACCACCAGUUUAGAUGUUAAGACAGAACGACCUGACAACACCCGCCAAAAUUUGCAAGUGUUCUGAGGAAAGCUUCACCGCAGCUUGCCCGCCGCAACCUCAGCUCAACUCCAGCUGUAAGCUUGUUACACAGCUACAGGAACUUUUCCUUGACAGAUUCGCUGAUGAUAAUCUUUAAUUUCGAUGCAUUUGUAGAAUUAAAAGUUUUUUAUCCAUCAUUACGUUGCCAAUGCUUAAUUCACGAGAAAAAAAUUGAUUUUGCAAUUUUUGAGCGUAGGGGUCCCCGGACAAAUGAGUUGGAUGCCUGCACCUCAAGUGCCAAUGGGCUGCCCUCAAGGACUGGAAUAUUUAUCGGCCGUCGAUCAAAUACUGAUUCAUCAACAGGUCGACCUUGUCGAAGGUAGCUUUGUAGCUAAGUGAUUCAUUCAAGCACGAGUUUACGCUAAACCACAACAACCGUUGACCGAAACUUAUUCUGAGAGUCAGAGAAGCCUAGGUGUUCUGACUGAAAGGAAAAAAAAAAGAUGGAGAAAGAUGAAAUUAGAUAGCUUCUGCACCUGCUGAAUCGAAAAUUAGUCACUGUAUGUAAUGUUAAUUACCUUGAAUCAAAGCAGUCCUUGUCACCCGACAUGUCAUCUUAUAAUUCUGGAACCAAACAUUAUCUGAACCUGUUCUUGAUAUGAGUCAUAUUGAUCUUAGUUCUUCAUCUUUUUAUUUCAAAGUUUUGACUGGAUGUGAAAGAACUAAUAAGUACAGGAUUUGCAAUACCAUGAGUCAACAAAUAUACUUUGCUCUUGAAGGUAAACAUAGCUCUGUAUUUUUUUUUUUUGUUUCUUAGCUACCAAGUUUAAUAAUACCAAAUGUAACACAUCUUAGUAGAAAAUGGGGCGUCACCUGUUGGAAUUUUGUUGGGGUGGAAAGAGCCACAGGGCCUAGAAACCUUGACCCCAUGUUAAGAAAAAAUCUAUCAUUUUCUCCUCCAUGAUUUAAGUCAACUCAUUGAAUGCCUAAGAGAGUGGGAGGGGUAUUCCUAGUGAUUGGCUAGUGGGGAUGUAGCCCUACAUGGCCUCCCAUUUUCACAACUGAAUUGAAUAUAAUCAGGGUUUGCAUUUUCAGUAGAGUUACUAGAACAAAGUAGCACAUUUUUAGGAUUUUUGGGUAAGAAGAUUCUGGUAAGUAAGGAUAUAAAAAGGGAAAAAUCUAGAGGUAUUUCAAGCUGUUGUAGAUUCAUAUACAGAAAGUGACCAAGUUAAGAUUAGGAAAAUCACAGUUGCCCAAAAGUGACUAAGAUUCCAAGAGGCAGGGAUACAAAUCAAGCAAAAAUUGACCCAAGUCCCCAACCCCCUUAGUUUCAAGAACCAGAAAACAAUUCCCUAUUUACCUGCAGCUCAUACUUGUUUAAGCUCACCCUGAGACUAAUCAGGAACUAAGUAUCUCGAUCCAGUUUAACCCUUAACUCCCAGAUCAAAUUUGUCAUUCUCCUUACUGUUAACUAUACAAUUUCUGUUUGUUCAGAGAAUUUAGUAUUGGAUCAACUAAUUAUCGUAUUUACUUGUGUAUAAGUCAACCCCCCAUUUUCAAGAUCAAAAAUCGGAUUUUUCAUCAUUUCUAGUCAAAGAAGUUAAUCUCUUAUUUCUGAAAAUGUAUUGAAAAUACAGGGAAUUCAAAAAAAUGCAGAGCAAAAUGUAACCGUAUGCUGUGAAGUUUAUUAGCACUUGUUGAUAUCACCACUGGAGAAGUAUUAUACCAUAUUUUAUAAAUCACAUUUAAAAUGAAAUCUUCUUGCAUUUAAAUAACUUUUAUCUUGAUGUUUUUGAAAGGAGAUUAAUUAGCCCGAAGGUCAGUACUAAAGUACCUUGAUAAGGAUCACACAUUACAAUUAAGACUGCGUGAGCCAGCUCACUAAGCCACUGUAAUCAUUCAAUGAAAACAAAAGUUCAGCACCAUAAACUGCAGCGAAGCUGCUGGCAAAAAAGUCUACUCUACAGUCCAAAGACACAAUAGAAAUCAGCUCCAGUAGCCUUUCGUUAAGCCACUUAAAAUUUAUUAUUUCAAACUUUUUUGUUGAUGAAGAAUGUGCUAAAAAUUGACGAAACUCGAACACAAUUAGAACUGGUUUUAUAAACUCGGUUUUCCUAAUGGACUUCAGGUGAUUGUUAUGCUAAUUUCUUGGAUUGCUUGGGUCAGGUCUUUGUGUAUGACUUAUGUGUAAGUCAAGGGUGAUUUUUUGGGCUGAUUUUUUAAUGGGUCAUAAAAGAUCGACUUAUAUGUGAGUAAAUACAGGUAUCCCCAAAUUGAUAUUUUUCUUUAUUCUCAUCACUUAUCUAGUUGCUAUAGUGUAGAUGUUGUAAGGAGAAAUUCUGUCUUGGUCACUCAUAGGAGUAAAAGGGUUAACUCUGUUGUCUUGUCAGACACAGACUGCUGUACUCGACAGUGCUGUGGUCCAGGUCGUCCAUUUGAGAUGAGAAUUGUUGAUAACAUGCAAAGAGAAGUGAUGCACCUCUCUCGCCCUGUGCGGUGCCAGUGCUGUUGGUGGCCCUGUUGUCUUCAAGAGAUUGAAAUACAAGCCCCUCCUGGAACAGUCAUAGGCUAUGUGCAGCAAAAGUGAUGAUAUAAAAUUUAAUAUUUUUUUCUCUCAGCUGAGAAAUUAAAUCAUGGUCAUAAUAACUAAACUGGUAGUUACACAAGUUUUAAGGAAACCCCUGUGACUUUGUUAUUGAAUCCAUCAUGGAUAAUAAAUAAUAUUCCUUACCUGCCUGAAUUUGAAGGUAUGAUGUAAGUCACAGCCAUGGAGAAAAUUCAUGCAUAAUGGGCAAUGAAAAAUCCCUCUGUGUAGAAAUAAUUGAUAUUUUUAGGAGCCAAACUUAAAAAUAUAGAAAGGUCAUUGUUCAGCUUUUAUUGGUGCAAUGCACAUACUGCAUUCCAGACUAGAUUGUCUGUUGAAAUUUGCAUUAAUUUAUCUUGGUAUAAUUCAUCCUGGCUUUCAAGGCUUAAAUUUUUAGAAUAAUUGUCCUUGGAGUUGAAGCCAGUUCAGUCUCACAUUAUCAAUAGCCUGACACAAGAUGAAAUUUAAACCAACUGUCAAUUGAUCAUAUCAGAGAUAUUCCCUUACCAAAAUUAAGUACACUUUUAGUAUACUAUUUCUGUAAUCAAAGUGUACUGCAAAUAAGUUACACAAAGUAUACUUUCAGUAGACUUGAAGUAUAGUUUACAGAGCUACUAAAAGUAUACUUGUAGUAUACUUGUUCCCACUGAAAUUGGAACACCCAAAAGUAUACUUGAAGUAUACUUGAAAGGUACUGAAAAUUUUGCAGUGCACUUCAAGUAUACUUCAUGAGUAAAACCACUAGUGGCAAACUGACAAGUACAGUAUACUUAAAGUAUACUUUAAGUAUACUUAGAGUGUAUUCAAGAUAUUAUAAAUGAAUGGCAUACAUACCUGCAGCCAGGUAAAUUAAUAUGCACGAAGAGGCAUGCAACCACUAGUUCAUACGGCAUAUAUUCAGCUGUAUUAUAUACUUGGCCGAGUCAGAUAAGCAUUCAAGCAAAAGUAUGAAAUUCAUGUCUUUAAUUUAUUUGGUACAACUGACCAUGACAAAUAACCUAAAAUUUGUACAAUAGACUGCUUCUAAAUUGUCUUUUGAUGCAAAAAUAUAUAUUUUAAAAUGAAAUCCAUCAUUGGAUUAUUUCAUAAAUUUUAACAAUAAAUUCCAUGCAAAUUAGAACUGACUCUCACAAUGUUGGGAUACUUAACAAAAACUAUUCAUUGUUUUAAAACGAAGAAUAUCUGUAAAAUGGACUUCAUCAUUCAAUCAUGUAAAACAGAAACAAAUUUCAUGAAAAUCAGCAAUGUCACUUACAAUGUCUCUAGUUGGGAUUAAAGCCAAUAAAAAAAUGGUUGUUGUAAAAUGUAACAAUCAAAAAAUUGACUUUGUUAUUUAAUAAUUAGAGAAGCAAGCAAGCCUUUGUGCAAAUCAUAAUAGAAAAUAGUCUAUCUACUGAGUAUCCAAUCAUAUCAUUUUAAUUAAUCUUAAUUCAAUCGAUUCAAUUGUUUACUUUCCUGGCAGGUUGCCAACCACUUGCCCUUGUGGUUAGAGAACUAAUUUUAUUUCUCAGGGCUUGCUUGAUUGUAGAGGCCUUCCCCCCUUGCUUUACCACAAAAUCUGCAAAGAAAAAGAAACACAGGAGCUUAACUUUUUAGACUUAUGCAUGACAACAAGGUUGUGUUACUUUGGAAAGACUCAUACCACGAUCAAUAAUCCGAGAUCACUUAGAUCAAAGGAACUUCUGAAUACUUGCUUGGAGUUGUUUUCCUCACUUGUUUUAUAUGGAUUGUCCCAAAGUUUUUUUACAAGGCUGAUCCCUGAGAAAGUCAUGUUGAUCAACAUGUACAAGUGUACAGAUUCCCAAUAGUAAUAAAAUGACAAAAACACCAAAUGCAAUGUACUUACCCAAAAUUGAGGAAACAAUGUCAGCAUUUAAGCCCUCUCUGGCAUUUGCUCCGGUCAGAUUCUUUCCCACUAGCUCAGAAUUUUUAUAAAAGCAGCUGAGCAGGAAACAUGCUGCUGAAGUUGGGCUGUUUUUACUCUUGGCUGUGUUUAUGUGAUCCUCGUAUAAGUAGACACCUCUACCUUUUGAUAACUCAACCAUCUAAAAAGGACACACAAAUUUAACCAUAAAGUUUUCAUAACAAUCAUGUCAUGUUUUUAAUGUUAAAUCGAAGGAAGGCUAUGGUGAACAUUUGAAUUUUGAAAGUGCAUGACCACUAAGGCAGUGAAAGCACUUUCAACUGAUUCCCUGCACAGAAGUUUUCAAGUAGUCCCUCCUACAAUAGCCAUGUAAGAAAUUAUUUAAAACUCUAAACAAACUUAGUCUACAUUGCAUUUGAUUGUCAGAUAUGCCUCUUAAGCUCUAAUAAUAAAAAAUAUAUAAAUUCGAUAACUUAAGCUUCACAAUCUAAUUGCCAGGUAUUAAGCCUUAAAGCAUUUACCUUGAAGCGUGCUGCCACAAUCUCAGGGACUUUCCCAGGUCUGGGUAGCUCUUCAUAACAACCAUUCACUACAACAGAUAAAUGGAUUACAUCAUAGCUUUAAUUACCUAGCUAACAUGGGAAGAUUAAAUGUAGCAAUCAAUCAGUGGGUCAAUCUGCUUGACUGUCACCAGUAUUUUAAUUCAUAUAAGUAUGUAAAUGUGGAAAGAUACUCUUCCCUUCAAAAUAAUAUUCAUAUCGUAAUACAAGCAUCACUAUUUGAAACACAAUAAGAUGCAUCAUUAAAAUACAAUUUGCAAGAGUUGUAGCCUUAUUAAAGUGCUUUAAAAUGGUUUAUUCCCUACUUUCAGAGUUAUUGUAAAAUUAUACAAGAUAGACUAUGAUCAACUGGUAUCCGUCUUUCCCCUCACAAUUAGUCAAUCCAAUGAGAAGCAAAAGGAAAAGCAGACAGGAAAAUGCCCUGCAUUUUCUAUCUUAUCAUUAAAUAUGUGAGUGCUAGUCAUGUAAAAAGUGAGAUAUAAUUACCUUGAGCCUUGAGUUGAGAAAUUUCUUGAUUUUGUGCAGCUAUGAUUUCCUUGUACUCCUCACAUUUUUGGCAGCUGUGGUGGAAUGUGGACCUUGGCUUUUUUCCACCCACAGUUGGUCUUGGAGGAAGUUGUGGUUGACUCUGGGAGAAAUCCCUGGGUCUUUUUCCACCAACUGUUGCUCUUGGGGUUUGUAAAGCUGGUUUGGCAGAGUUGGAAGGGGGAGGAAGAGAGAGGGGGGGAUGAAGGUAAGAUGAACAUUCGGAUAUAAUAUCUCUUCCACCAAAAUAUUCAUCAUCAUCCAUGGGUUCAGCCCUGUCAACAUUAUACUCCUCUUCAUCAGAUAAAUUGGUAAAUGGCUGCUUGCUUUCGACAUCUAGAUUUCUUGCUAAAGAGUUCAUCUCUGCAAGUAUGCAGUUAUCCCUUUCCAUCAAAGCAGCUCUUUCCUUUUCUUUUACAGCCUUUUCCCUUUCCUUGUUUUCCUUAGCCUUUUGUUGUUCUACUCGUUUCUUCUGUCGUUCUGCUUUCUUUCUUGCAAUUUCUUCCCUAUCCACCAUUUCUUUUUUGUGUGGAUUCUUCACCCUCCUUCUCCUCACCAACAUUCUUUCUGUUUUCCUUUGUUUUCUUUCCUAUCUUUUUCAUUUUAUUUUGUUCUGUUUGUUUGGGGUUUUUCAAUUUCUGCAUGGCAACUUUUCUUUUCAUCACUUCCUCUUUAUCAUCUGCAAGUUAAAACAUCUCCAGCUAUCAAAAAGAUAUCCAUUAACAGUAAAAAUAAACUUCAGUUGCAGCAACCAAUCACAGCACAAGUUUGCAACAAAAGAUUCUACAUCUGUUUGUGAAUUUGUUGCCUCCUCUUUCAUCUAUUUGAAGCUUGUUUUAAAUUAUUUUUAUCAAAUUAAAUUAUUUUAUUAAAUCCUAUCAACAAAAUAUACAACUUGCAAGAGGCACACCAUGUACCAGUAGUUUGUCACCAUGCCUUUUCCAUUGAUUUGGGAUUACAAUAUCCAUUUCUAUCCUUAAUUACCUCCAGGGCUCGACACUAGCCACACAUUGGUAGAAACACACAUGGUUUUCAAUCUCCACCAACCAGUCUAGCUAGUAAGCAAACUGAAAUUGUUGUAACAUCUAAGUUGACACUAACCACUUGGCUAGUAAGUUGAAAAGUUAGGGUCGAGCCCUGACCUUAAUCAUGACUUUUUCAAAAAGAUUUUAAGAAAAUGGAUUGUAUUUAAAGUAGGUGGCACCAUUUUCAUCAAUGUCAUGCUUCCAUGAUGAAAAACCGAGCCAUUUCGUAACAUUUCAGAGCUAAUUCUUUCAGAUUUGCAUAGAAAAGCAAAAUCAAACAACUUAGCUUCCUAUCACAAGAUGAUCAAAACAAAAAAAGUGCUUAGACUCACCACUUUCAAAAAUUAUUGUGCACAAGUAAAAGGUAUCCCCAUACUGUGCCUCUUUAAGGCCAUCUUCCCUUGUUCUAAAGUCGUCGUCAGUUUUGAUGUCCAAAAUACCGUCAUCUACAAACUGAACCAAGUAGUACACUGUACGAGCAGGAAAGAAACAUAAAUUAAAAGGAAGUUUUACAUAUUAAAAGGAGAGGUAAAUAGUAGGAACUGAAAGUAUUAUUUCAAAUAUGUGCUCCUAAAUUGUAAAAAUAUAAUGCCCUAAUUUUGACAUGAAGUCAUGUACAAACAAAUAGAGAGUUACUGUUUUGUGGUCUCUGGGGUCUCUCUUUUAAAUCACCCGCGGUGGUGUGCACACGUGGCCUGAAUUCGAAAAUGAGCGCGAAAGUUAUGAAUAGACAUUUCAAAUUGCAAAUCAACCACAAGAAAGCUAUAUAUAUUUCAUUUUCGCAUUGUGAAUAUAAUUUGAAAGAUAUUUUGGGCCGGAACAAUCGAUUUCAAAAAGACCUGCAAUCUGUUUCUGGAAUAUGUUUCACAACAAAUCGGAUUAAGACAGAAUCAACUGGUGAACGCGCAAUCGCUAUGCUCUGAUCGCUUUAAUUCACGGCGAAGUUAUGAACCCAAGGAUUAACAGUUAUAGGUUAUUGAAUUUAAGUGAUAAAAAUCCUUUUCGAAGGGCAAAUAGCGAAUUUCAAUCUACCCUAACGAUGUAAGCUUGAUAAUUUAUGCAAACACAUUCCGACGUGCUUUGAUUAAUUCACUGAUUUUAACAAAGAAUGGUAAUUCAGAGUUAACACAAAAGGUCACAAACCUUGAUCCUCCAAUCGUUUGGGAGCCUUGUUUGACCUUCUGGAGGUGAUACUACCUUUCCUUGACAUGGUUAGGGAACGAUAACUAUUUAAACACGGACUGUUGCUUCCACUGUAGCUUCCACUGUAGCUUCCACUGUAGCUUCCACUGUAGCUGAAUGACGGUUAGCUUGGGCCAACUUGACCUUUGGUACACGAAUUUCGCGCGCCUUUCUUAGAGAUGCGUGCGCAUCCAAUGAAGGGGCAUUGUGGGUCAUUCAUGUCACUGGGAUUAUUCAGGUCAGCGAUCGUAUUGAGCGAGUAUGGCGGACAACAAUGAGAAAGUCAGAGGUCCAUAUUUGCAAUAUUUGUCCGAUUCUUCCACGCGUAAUGUUCCGAGAACUACAAAAUAUAGAUGGGACAAGAAAGCUAAAUUAAUGAGCGAGAGAGAGGAGAGCUGUCCAGAAGAAAGUAGCUUAACAAAAAGUCCCAGUCCGAGUUGUCAAAGGAAUGAAGCAGUUCCCGGUAUCUCAACGUCGUCUUUCUCUCCGGACGAUUUUCAGUCGCCUGAACCAAACAAUAUUAAUGCAAAAAUGGAAGUUAACAGUUUUUCCAACAGUGGUGACGAAUUUGAGACUGAAAGAGUCGAAGAGCUGAUGUCGAUGAGUGACGAUCCAGCUCUAUUUACUGAUUUUGUCAGGGAAGACGAUCGUGAUAUUUCUUAUGCGGACGAUUUUCCAGAUGUUUUUGAAAUGUUAGGUGAGAAGGAAACUGAUGGGAAGAAUAGCGAUGAAGAGAGCGACAACGACAGUGAAUCAUCUGAUGAUAAUUCUAACCGACCUCUCUAUCCUGGAUGUCGUCUUUCACUUGGCAUAAGCAUGCUGCUAGUGGUCACGUUCUGCGUGAGGCAUGCUCUCUCCGGGGUCGCUCUUGCUGAUUUGCUCACUUUGAUUGAGCUGCAUUGCCUUUACCAAACCAGUGCGCGAAAUCGACAAAGCUACUCCGUGAGUUUUUCGGGAAAUUGAAGAGUCCUCUGGAACUUCAUUAUUACUGUUCGUUUUGCCAAGAAUACUUUGGAACACAAAACCAAGUUGCUGUUCAAAUGCCGCCUGCUUGUGCGACUUCGAAAAGAAAAGGUCUGAAUUAUGCUAUUUCAUUAUCAUACCUUUCAUUAACCAAUUACAAGCAAUAAUUCGAGGUAAGUUAACUUCAGUCUCCUUCCUUGCAAAAUGAAAGGCUUUUUAGUUAAAGUAUAUUGAAAUUGAAACUUAUGGAAAAUUGUGAUUUUCGUCUCGUCACCUUUUGGUAUAAGAAAGGGUUAUAGUUUUUGUCACAGUGUAUUUAAGAUAUAUAUAGAUUUUGAAUUUUUGUAUAAAUAAUGGAAGGUGUGAGGACUCUUGGGCAAAGUCUCCCCAUACAAAACUUUGCCAAUGAACUAACUUCCAGCAGCAACAUACUACUUUGAUUUAACAUUUCUUAUUCAGUAGUGUCAAUUUUAUUCAAAGGUAUGGGAGAUUCAGCACAUGAAAUACUACAUCAUCGUACGUCCAGGAAGAAGAAGUGCAAACACAGCAUUGAGGAUAUAUUUGAUGGUGAACUGUACAGGAACCACUUUGAUCCUAAAGGUUAUUUCCACGGGACAUCAACUGCUGCAAGAGGAAAGGAAAUCCACCUAUCCCUGAUGGUGAACACAGAUGGUGUUUCAAUCUUCCGUUCAUCUAACUAUAGCUUGUGGCCUGUGUACUUCGUCAUAAAUGAGUUGCCUCCAGAGAAGAGGUAUCAAAUUAUUUUAUUUAAUUUUUUUUUUAACCCUUUAACUCUCGUGAGUGACCAAGACAGAAUUUCUCCUUACAAUAUCCAUCCAAUCUCAACCAGAUAGGUGAUAAGAAUAAAGAAAAAAUAUCAAUUUGGGAUAAUAAGUCGAUCCAAUACUAACUUCUCUGAACUAACAUUACAAGAAUUGUAUGGUUGACAAUUAGGAGAAUUACAAAUUUGACUUGGGAGUUAAAGGGUUAAUUCUUUUAAUUGGACAGUUCAUUACAUGAGGAAGCCUGAAGGUAUGACUGCUUUUAAUAAAUGUCAUGCAUAAUAUCCUAUAGGAAGUCAACAAGAUGCUGUUUGAAAUCUUGAGGUAGUUUGGAAUGGUCAUUACCCAGGCAAUUAAUUCUUGAGGAAUCUAGACUACUGUACACCAGAAAAACAUUUAAUUACACCAGGUUUAACUGAAUGAAAAUAAGAAACAGGUAGUCACUAACUUGUUUUGUGCAAAUUUGAUGUUGAAAAAAAUUGAUUUGGCAGCUUCUAUGAAGAAAACAAAUUUAAGACAGUGACUAGAUGAAGAGCUUUAAAAACAUGUUUCAGCUUUGGUUUCAAUGGGUUUGAGUUUCUCUUUCAUUUUUUAUUUCAUAUCAAACUUUCAGGUAUUGCUUUGACUGAACUAAUUACACAAUUUGAAAAUGUAACAUUUUGACAGCAAAUCACAAUAGCUGUUCUCCUGCUCAUACUUUUAGGUUUAGCACCAAGUAUCGUCUCUUUGCUGGUCUGUGGUUUGGACGUAAGAAGCCAGAUUUCCGCACUUUUUUGCAGCCAUUUGUAAAUUCUCUUCAUGGUCUCUUUAAAGAAGGUACUUAACUUUUGCAUUAUUUUUUCUUUUCCCAUUGAGAUUCCAAAGUUAAAUUCCCUCUUAUUCUUUCCAAAGUAUUUCUAUUAUAAACUCAAUGGUCAUGCAUGAGUUACCAUUGAAGUGUUUAGAAUAAUAGACAUCUGUGGUUAUGAGAAUUUUAUAAGCAUGAUUUUAUCACACUCACUCAUUAAGUUGUUUUUAUUCCAGGUGAACAGGUAACUUUCUCUGAUGGAUCUUUGAGGAUUAUACGUUGUAUUCUUUUGUGUGGAAGUUUUGACGCUCCUGCAAAGUGUUUAUUUCAAAAUAUGUCGCAAUUCAAUGGGACAUAUGGAUGUCCAUAUUGUCUUCAUCCUGGUGAAACUGUGAAAACCAGUGAAAGAGGGCACACCAGGGCAUACCCCUUUCAUAUAAGAGGACAUCAAAAUGCAGAGGGAGGAAAACAAACAAAUUUAACUGCCAGGACAAUUGAGAAACGGACACAUGAACAGACACUGUUAUUUGCCAAAGAAGCUGAUAACCUGAAAGGCAGUGGUAAAGAUUCAGUAGUUAAAGGAGUGAAAGGGAUGACUUGGAGUAUGGUUUUACCAGGUUUUGAUAUCAUCAAUGGUGUAACAAUUGACUACAUGCAUUGUGUUUUGCUGGGCAUCACUAAAAUGUUGUUAACUUUAUGGACAGAAAAGUCAUAUUCCAGUAAUCCAUGGUAUCUUGGGUCAGAAAAUGUCAAGAAAUUGGAACAAAGAUACUUAGAUAUUAAGCCCCCAAAUGUCAUAACACGUACACCCAGAAGUCUGUUAAAGAAUCUUGCACAUUUUAAAGCAUCAGAACUGCGUUCUUUUCUUUUGUACUAUGCCCUUCCCUGUCUCUGGGGACUUCUAGAGGAAGUUUAUUUUCAGCACCUCGUGCUUCUGGUAGAUGCAAUCUAUUUACUCCUACAAGAUUCCAUUUCACCAAAUGAUGUAGAGAGUAGCUCAUCAAUGCUGUUACACUUCUGCACAAGGAUGGAGGCCCUGUAUGGUAGAAGGUAUGAGACAUACAAUGUGCACAUGCUGCUUCAUCUCCCAGAUUGUGUGAGACAUCUUGGUCCACUAUGGGGCACAUCAUGCUUCUGGUUUGAGGGCUAGAAUGGGGAUUUCUGUUUCAUGGUACACAGAAUUUUGACAUUCAAAUUACCCAUGCAGUUUGCAUUCAUCAGAAGAUACCCGAGCUAACCCCUCUGCUUCCUGCAGGAUCAGCAGCAAAGAGCUUCUACAAACAUCUUGUGGAAGGCUGUCCACUGCCCACUUGUAGAGAGGAAAUUGCAGAGAAGGUGUAUGCGAUAGGUAGCCUUCAAAGGCUUGAUUUAGAUCCACAAACCAGUGUAGUUGUUAAAAGAUCUACUUGGGGAAAUUUUAACUUCACAUAAAUUCAAGCGGCUCUGGAAACAUGGAACAAUGUUUCAGUGUAGUCAGUAUCAUGCAACUACAAAGAGAAAUAGCUAUACAGUUCAAUUUACCAAGAAUGGUACUUUAAAUUUUGGAGAGUUGCAGUUCUUUUUAAAGUGUUCUCAGCUUUGUGAACAUUCUGAUAGAAUUCAUUAUAUUGCCAUCUUGAAGCUGCUGGAGCCUAACCCAAAAAUUAGCCUUUCAAAGGAUAAGUUCACAAAUGCUAUGGUUAAUCACAUUGUUCCUGUUAAGAAAGCAAAAGGAGCAUUUGUUGCAGUUCCUGUCAUGGAUAUUAUUUCAAUGUGUGUUUCUGUCAACAUCAGUGAUUCUACAAAUGCUGAUUUUGUGUGUAAGCUUCCAAAUAGGUUUGAAAAGGACUAGGCAGUAGUUACAGGGCUCGACACUAACUUUUGAACUUACUAGCCUUGUGGUUAGUGAUAACUUAGACUUUACUAGCCAAAAAUUUUUUUUACUAGCUAAGUAAAUGAAUGAAUCGUGUCAGUUCUAAUUUUGUUGAAUGGGCCUCAUGUUUUCCUCACAUCAAAUCUCUAGGUCAACAAAUCACAAAGAAAAAUCUAGCAAUUUUCCCACAAAGACUUUCAGGACUCUGUUUUUCUUUGAGAUGUUCUUGGAAAAAUAUAGAGACCUGGAGACAUUGUAAAAACUGUUGAGACUUCUUCACAGACAGGCACCAUAGAAAUGUUUCAAAAGCAAAACAACAAAUCCUGGAAACCUUUGUUGGUGAAAUUUGAUGGCAAUAAAUGCCUGAUUUAAAUGUCAAAGGAGAUCAAUCCUUCUUAUCUAAUUAUUUCUGUAGUUGUAAACUUUGUCAGUAAGUAUACGAUGACAUGUGUUUUCACAGUUAAUGAAAUGUUAUCCCUUUACAGUGCUGCACGAAUUUGUGCAUGAUUUUAUUUGGAAGUUCAUGUUUUGUUCUACAUAUUUCACAAGAAAAUUGAUGUGUGCUUUCAGAAAAUGCUGUUAUGUCUGUCAAAUAUUUCUUUCAACAUAAUAACAUGUUCAGUUACCUGUUUAGGGGCCACACAGUGAAAAGUAAACAGACUUUUUUUUAAUACAGAUGUAAAUUUGCAAUGGUGCUGAACAUCACGUGCCUAGUGACAUGAUAGAUCCACAAAGACUGCGAGAAAAGUGUUUGUGUUUGUCUUCUUUGAAGAAAGACAGAAACUAGUUUGGUCAAAUUUAGUUUGUUUACUAGCCAGUGUCUAGUGGAAAAUAAUUGAAAACCACUAGCCAAAACUGAAUUUUUAAUAGUCUGUGGCUUGUUGGCUUCUGUUAGUGUCAAGCUUUGCAGUUACAAUGACUUCAAAGAAUAUGUAUGUAAAUGAGCCGUGCAGACCUGUGUGUGUGGAUGGUAUUUUCAAAGUUGAAAGCUAAUAUACAGUGUAAUAUAAUUCUUCUGAGAAGAUAACUUUGCUGUGCAGGCUUUUUUGGUUUUUAGUACAGUAUACCUGUAAACCAGCCAAUCUGAUUGUGUAAAUGUAUAUGAUCUUAUCGACUGAAGCCUAAUUAGUACCUUUUUAGUAUAGUUAUUUCCUGCUACUCUCAUUUGUGUGAGACAUUAAAGUAAUUAUGAUCUUUAUCAACUGAAGCAUCAGUACUUUUUCAGUAGAGUUAUUUCCCACUUAAUCAGACCUGAACUUGAUUUACAUUUGUGUCAAACAUUUAAAGUAUACUUGUACCCUACAUCAACAACAAAGAAAAUGAUUUUCACUUGAGCAGUAUACUUAAAGUGUACUUGUACCCUACAUCAACAACAAAGAAAAUGAUUUUCACUCGAGCAGUAUACUUAAAGUAUACUUGUACCCUACAUCAACAACAAAGAAAACGAUUUUCACUCGAGCAGUAUACUUAAAGUGUACUUCAAAAAUGGUACUGCAGAUGUACUUAAGUAAGUGCAGUACUAUUGAAGUAUUAUUGAAGUAUGAUUGCAGUAUAACCACUAUUGACGCAGUAUACUUGUAGUAUACUUAAAGUAUACUUCAAGGCUAUCUUUUUUGGUAAGGGAUAUUAUCAUGGCACUUUAUUUCUUAAGGGGGCUUAAAACUGUAGAGAAGAAGCCCUACAGUGCAAUACAAGCUGUUAUAAGUUGAUAUUGGCCAUAAUUGUUCCUCAGGCCGUCCCCAUGGAAAAUAAAGCUAGAAAUUCAAGAUUCUCAGCAUCAGCACAUCAUGACAAUCAAUGGACCAUGCUGUCCUUGUGGCUGUUCAGACAUUGAGUUCCCUGUGAGUCCUAGUAACAUAAAUUGAGGACACAUAUUUAUUUGCACUGCAAUUGUUAAAAGAAAUACAAAUGCUGAUUUCUCUAAAGGUAUAAGUGUUUAUAUGGUGCCCACAAGAGUAACAGAAGUGGUUAUUUAGUAUUCAAAAGAUCUGAUCUUCUUAACCCUUUAAAACCCACAAUCUGAGCAAUAAUUUUCCCACAGAGCAGUAUGCAACCCAUUGUAAAGUUGUUAGGAGAAUUUGUGUUUAAACAAAAUAUCAGUGAACUGAUGUGAUUGUUAAUAAUCACCAUUCCAUUGCUAUAAAAGGUAUUAAAAUUGUGCAAUAGCUUGAGCUGGUUACCUGUCAACAACCUCUGGGAGAAAAAAAAUUAAAUUGCUUCUUUCUCAACAUGCAGGUUUUUUCAGCUGACGGAAGCAGUGAAAUUGGAAUGAUAACCAAACAGUGGACCGGAUGUACCCGAGAGACAUUCACUGAUGCAGCAAACUUUGGCAUCCAAUGUAAUGAGUUUUUGAUAAGUGUUAUGCAGUAAUUAAUAUCAGUGACACACAUUUCUGCAGCAGCAGUCAGUGUCAUAUUUUGACAGUUGAAUAUUUAGUGAAUAAAUUUUUCCAAACACUAUUUGAUCUUAUAAAGAUGAAACAAUUUUUAAUAGAAAAAAUCCGAGCCCCAGAUGGGACUUGAACCCACGACCCUCCGUGAUCUAGUCGGAUGCUCUAACCACUGAGCUACUGGAUCUACUAUUUGAUCUGAUUGUUUUAUUCCAACUUUAGUCCCUUUAGAUUUGGAGAUCAAGUUCAAAGCCAUUUUACUGGGAGCAGUCUUCCUUGUUGUAAGUUCAUUUUAACCCUUUAAUUCUCAGAAGUGAUCGACAUGAAACUUCUCCCCAUAAUAUCCUAACAUGAACCAGCAAAUAGGUAAUGAGAAUAUUAAAACUUAUCAAGUAGAAUUUUUUAUCUUGAUCUAGCACCAAAUUCUCAUUACUACUUCACAAAGAAAUUUGUAACAGUUUAAGGGGAGAAAUAAUAAUUUGAUCUUGGGAGUUAAAGGGUUAAAUAUCUUAUUUGAAAUAAGUACAGACACUCAUGCUGAUUGAACAAUAAGUCAAUUAAGGAUAAAUUGCAUGACCAAAACUCACCUUAAAGCAGUUUUUUUCUUUUUCUGGACUUAAGAAGUGUACAGUUUAAGGCACAAGAGUAAACAGACCAGAUUUUGUGAUUGAUUCAGGUAGCCAAUCAGCUAAUGCAAGCAGCUAAAUGUAUUAUUUAGAGGUGUGAUGUUCAAAUCAUAAUUUUCAUUUGUCCUUUUUUUUCUUGAGCAUAAUGAAAGAAUAACUUUGGUUUUGAAAAACAUGGAAGGAAUUUCUAUGGAAUAAGAUGCCUGGUUUUGCAGUCAUUUGAUGGAAUCAUCUAAUAGCUUUUCUGUUGUUGGUACUUACAGGAUUUCAUGUUCUUUGAACGUGGCAGCUAAAUAUGAACAGAGGACUGUUUAUUCAACAUUUCAAGGAUGGAAGGAACAGGAUUUGCCUCAAAAUCUUUACAAAUAUCGAAUUAUUUCAGAGCUCUUUGUUUUCUAUUUAAAUGACAAAAUAUGGAUGAAUAUUUGGUUUUCUUGAAGUUUCUCUGGCAUGGUGAUGCACUUGAACAGAAUGUAUUUUCAAGGUUCUUUUGAUCCAUUAUGCUUGUAACAAAUAAUUUUAAGAGUGGUCACUGAAAACUAUUUACUGCUUUGAUUUUAGCAACAAUAUUGAUAAACCACUUUGUACAAACAGGAAAACACUUUGUUUUAACAAAAAUGUCAUUUUUUUCACCACCAAAGUCAACUUUCAUAUUAUAUGAUUUGGGAUGUAUUUAAAAGCAAAGAUUUUUGUGCUGGCCUUUGAGGGUCAAUAAUUUUUUUCAUUUAUUUCAAGAGAG